UAUUUGUAAAAGUUAUGGGGGAAUUACUUUUGUUUUUUUUUUAACAGAAAUUUGGAUUGUAUGUUAGGAUUUGGGAAAGUGUCUCCCAUGUUCUCUGACUAAAAAUAAUCUUUAAAAAAAAUUUAAAGUGAGUUUUUUCAUAUCUACUGUGCUCUGCUUAAAAAUGUCACAUUGAAGGGCUGUAUUCUCCCAGACUUGUCUAUCAACAGUUAAAUUAUGGAGAGAAAUUAGAAACAUAGAGCAUUUUAUAUGGAUACUCUGUCCAGUCACUCUGUGGAGGAAACCAACUGUAUGAGAAGCGGAGAGGGGGGAGAAGAAGAAGUAGAGGAGGAGGAGGAAGGUGGAGAUGAAGAAGAUAAAGAGAAGGAAAAAUAUGAUUCACAAACCGAGGAAUCAGCUGUUCAAAGGCAACAAAAACCGCCCUGGGCUCCAUGUUUCUACUACAAAACAGAUAAAGAGGUGUAUCAUUAUGUUGGGCACAAGAUCAUCAUCGAGGAGGCUCUGGACUCGUAUGGAGGCAUGAUAUGGCCAGCGGCUUUGGCUCUCUGCAACUACCUUGACACUAACCGUGAGCAGUUGAAUCUCGUGGACAAAGCGGUGCUGGAGAUCGGAGCAGGAACUGGCCUUGUGUCUGUUGUAGCGGCGCUCCUGGGUGCAUGGGUGACAGCUUCAGACCUUCCAGAGGUCCUGAGCAACCUGAGAGUCAACCUGAGCAGGAACACCACUGGCCGAUGCAGACACACUCCCCAGGUGGCGGCUCUGUCCUGGGGCUACGACCUGGAGCACACCUACCCUACAUCCGUCUACCGGUACGACUACAUUCUGGCAGCUGAUGUGGUCUACCAUCACGACUUCUUAGACGAGCUCCUGGCCACCAUGAAGCAUUUCUGCCGACCAGGAACGGCUGUGAUCUGGGCCAACAAGGUCAGGAUGGAGAAUGAUCUGACUUUCACUGAGAACUUUAAAAAGGCCUUUCACACAAGUUUACUGGCUGAAGACGGAGACAUGAAGAUCUUCAUGGCAACGUGUAGAGAAGAAGAGGGAGAAGGUGAUGAAAUCCAAGAUCUGCUGAGAGAGAAACAGGAAGAUGAAGAUGAGAAUAACAAAGAGAAGCCUGUAGAGGAAAAACACAACGAGGAUGAGGUUCACUGUGUCAAUAAACAAAAAAGUGAAGGUAAAGAAAACAAUGAUGAUGUAACAGAGGAGCCUCACAUGUUAGAGGCAGAGAGAGGAGAUGAUGAGGAAGAAAAACAUGAGCAUGAGUGUGAGGAAGAGGAAGAGAUGGAGGCGACAAUGGUCCUUAAAGAUGAUGAAUAUAAAGAGGAUGAGAGGAAUAAACCAGAGAACAAUGAUUCAAAUUGCAACACCACAGCCAGUGAUGUAGAGACUACAGGGCACAUGUCACUGAUGCAGAAAGCUGUACAGCAGGACCGAGUACCAGCCUGGGUUUCCAGCAUCCAGAGCACCUUUGGCAAAGAUGUCUACCAUUAUGUGGGGCAGGACAUUGUCAUUUAUGAAUCCAUAGACUCCUAUGGAGCAGUGAUGUGGCCAGCGGCCUUGGCUCUCUGCUCUUUCCUGGACAACAACAGGGAUGAGGUGAACCUGCAGGGGAAGGAGGUGCUGGAGCUGGGAGCAGGAACAGGACUGGUAACCAUCGUGGCCAGUCUGCUUGGAGCUUCAGUCACGUCCACAGACUUACCGGAGGUGUUGAGUAACCUCAGGGCCAAUGUGAUGAGGAACACCCGGAAGCAUUGCAGACACACACCCGAGGUGGAAGUUCUAUCCUGGGGCUACGACCUGGAGCGCACCCACCCUACAUCCAUUUACCGGUACGACUACAUUCUGGCAGCUGAUGUGGUCUACCAUCACGACUUCUUAGACGAGCUCCUGGCCACCAUGAAGCAUUUCUGCCGACCAGGAACGACUGUGAUCUGGGCCAACAAGGUCAGGAUGGAGAAUGAUCUGACUUUCACUGAGAACUUUAAAAAGGCCUUUCACACAAGUUUACUGGCUGAAGACGGAGACAUGAAGAUCUUCAUGGGAACAUGCAGACACUGAGAGAUAGAAAAAGCAUCCAUUGAUGCUGACUGGCCUACUAGGUACAGGCCCAGGGGCCCUGAGGGGUCAGACCGUCUGAAGUGAUUGUGUUUAACAUUGGUUGAAAAGUCAAAGGGGCUCAGUCAAAAGUAGGGAGGCGUCAGUCACCAUUAUUUGUGCCUGAUUCCAAUAGAAAAGCUCUGCUUUAAGAAAGUGUUACCUGCAUCAAAGAUGUUUUCUAUAUCUUCUAUAUUUUGUAGACGAUAGUAUUCUGCUUAAUAUCAGUGGAGUGUCCGUUUGGAUUUGUUGUUAGGCAGCCUCUCUUCAUCUCCUGCAUGAACAAAAUACAGAAGUUAUUCAUACCAGAUACUGACUCGUUUUUGAUCCGUGACACUUUCCCCCAAAAAUUGCACAUCUGUAUCCCCGAUUCUUGAGAAAUCUACAGUUCAGUGCUUAAUAAAUGUCUAAUUAAAACUGCAUAUUUCAAGAUGGCCUUCUAUUGUGACCAGCCAAAGCACACCUGUCAGGUGGACGGAUUAUCUUGGCAAAGGAGAAGUGCUCACUGACAUGGAUUUAUACACAUUUGUGAACAAAAUUUAAGAGAGAGAUCCUUUGCUUAGGAAAAGUCUUAGAUCUAGAAUUUCAACUGAUGAAAAAUGGGAGCAAAAACAAAAGGGUUGCAUUUAUAUUUUUGUUCAGUGUACAUUAUUGUUUGUUUUCAAAGGAUAGUUGAUAAUACAGAGGCAGACAGGAAACGAGGGGAUAUGAUGUGCAACAGAUGUGUCCAGCUUGCAUCACACCAAGCACGUUGUCGUCCAUUUACCUACACUGUUCCUUAUAGAGAUGCCAAUGAUCUUUAUUUAACCCUCUGUGAUUCAGGUCUAAUACUGUAUUAGCAUGAAAAGGACAAAUCUGUGCCACACGAGUCCCAGAGUUGUGCAUUGGAAUCAUAUCAUUGCUCUUAGUGUGGAUCUGUGAAUUGUUUUAACAGAAAAUGAAUCAAUUAUUUUGAUAAUCGAUCAAUUAGUCAUUUUUCAGCACACAAAUGUGAAACACUUGCUGCUUCCAGCUGUUCAGAUGUGAGGAAUUAAUGUUUUCCUUUGUUAUAUAUGAAAAUAAACCAACUGUUGCUGGAAUGAAACAAGCAGUUUUAAUAGGUCACACUGGGCUAUGUGAAAGUAUGAUGGACAUUUUUCAAUUUUUAAAAGUUUUAUAGUUAGUUGUGUCUGCAUUACUUAUGAAAUGCCUGUUCGUUUUUUUUACAUUUUGUUUAAUGCAGUAAUAAAAAUCUGAAGGAAGA